AGUCUGUGGUUAAGAGCCUGUUUGACCACAUCUGCUGCGAAGGAGAUGAGAUUCUUUGCAGUGUAGAGAAAUCACAUUUUUCUUUUUACUUUUUGGGACCAGCUGACACGUUUCUUAAAUGGCUGAGGAGGUUUUAAUUCCACCGUCGGGGAAAAUCACUUCGCACCUCACUGCCUCUUUGCUGGCAGUGGCAUUCCUUACCUCCUUUGGGAGCUCUAUGCUUUAUGGGUACAAUCUGGCUGUGGUAAACUCCCCUGCUGUGUACAUCAAGGACUUCUACAACAAGACAGUGGUGCGACGCAAUGGAACAGGACUCAGUGAGGAGACCCUGACCCUCAUGUACUCUCUGACUGUGUCUGUUUUUGCGGUUGGAGGUCUGCUGGGCUCACUCAUUGUGGGGAUGCUGGUCACACGCUAUGGCAGGAAGGGGACAGUGGUAAACACAACAGUGUUGGUGUUUAUUGCUGCUUUACUCAUGGGCUUUAGCAGGAUAUGUGGGUCACCUGAGAUGAUCAUCAUUGGCCGUUUCAUCACAGGAAUCCACUCAGGCAUCUCUCUAAGUGUGGUACCAAUGUACUUGGGUGAGAUAGCACCAAAGAACUUGAGAGGUUUCCUUGGCCUUGUGCCGAGCAUCUUCAUUGGAACUGGAGUUUUUGUUGCCCAAAUCCUCGGUCUACACGAGCUUCUAGGAAAGGAGGAGCACUGGCCCCUCUUUCUUUCAGUGAUUGCUGUGCCCACUUUCAUCCAGCUGAUGUUGUUGCCAUGGUUCCCAGAGAGUCCUAGGUACCUGCUGAUUGAGAAGCACAACAUCCACGCUACCAUCAGAGCUCUGAAGUGGUACAGAGCUAAAUGUAACAUCCAGGCUGAGAUUGAAGAGAUGCAGGAGGAGCAGCGCUCCCUGUUCUCAGUGGAAACACUGUCAGUAUGGAAACUGAUGCUGGAUGACACGGUCCGAUGGCAGGUGCUGAGUGUGGUGGUCAUCAACAUUGGCAUGCAGCUGUCUGGCAUCGACGCUAUAUGGUUCUACACCAACAGCAUCUUUGAAAAUGCUGGAAUUCCAGCUCCAGAGAUCCAGUAUACCACAGCAGGAACAGGAAUUAUAGAGAUCAUUGCUGGACUCAUUGGGUGUUUUACUAUAGAGAAGCUGGGCCGCAGGCCUCUCAUGAUUGGGGGUUUUGCUAUGAUGGGUAUCUGCAGUACUGGGAUAACACUGGCCCUCAUUUUACAGGCUCAUUUGUCAUUCAUGCGCUACAUCAGUGUCUGCUGUGUGGUGGGCAUUAUUGCUGGCUUCUGUAUUGGCCCAGCUGGAGUGCCGUUUCUGGUCACGGCAGAGUUGUUUAAACAAUCUCACCGACCUGCAGCCUACAUCAUAGGAGGCUCACUCAACUGGUUGUCCAACUUCACUGUGGGAUUCGUCUUCCCAUUCUUACAGAUGUCAGCCGGAGCUUACUGUUAUUUAGUGUUUGCCACCAUUUGUGCAUCUGUUGCCGUCUAUGUCUACAUUGUGAUCCCAGAGACCAAAAACAAGACCUUCAUGGAAAUCAGCCAGAUGUUCUCGAAGAAAGAAGCAGUCUUAGAGACCCAGAGUCUGAUCCAUGUUGACCAGCUAAAGCUGCGGAAGCUGAAUGGCUACGGUGGUCUAGAACAUGCUUCGGUGGAGUUUGACAGCUCUUUGUCUGUACCUUAACUCAGACUUCACAGCCAAUUCAUUCCUUUGGUAUGUACAUUGUAACAAAACAACACCUCACCUGUACCCAGUGUGCUAUAGCUGAGUGAAGUUAUUCUGUCAACUGAAUAUUUAUAUCCAAGAUUUGUAAGAAAAUUUACUUCAUGGGUGCUAAUUCAAAAGUAUUACUCUGGGAGCAUGGUGACAUCACAGGACUAUACAUAUAGUGAAACAGCCAGACAGGUUGGAAACAAUCAACCUGUAUGGUACGCAGACUUAAGACAAAUGUCAUUACAUUUGAAAAACCCAUUUCCUCUUUGGCCUGCUGUAAUGGACCAGAUCUGCCUAUGGAACGGACUGUAACUCCCAACAACCCUAGUUUGAUAAUUGGGUAAGAAAAUAGACGAGAGUGUUAUACAGAGUUUCAAUGGUUGUUCUACACUAAAAUACUAGUUUCAGUUUCCCUGAGGUACAUUAGGUAAGUGCCCUUGUUCUAUCUCGACCCAGCAAAUAAAUAUGUUUUUAUGUCAGUCAUGAUUUCAACCUUGAUUAUCUUGGUGAGUACGGUGCUAUGAAAAAUGUUAGCAGUGAUGUGCACAACUGCAAGAAAUUGUAACCACAACUGUACUUAAAAAAAUAAUAACCGUUUUAAUUAUGUUGUCUGUGGAAGGGAAAGUAUAUUCAUGAAAAACUAAAAUACAAAUGACCUCUGGGGUCAUGGAAAAACAGGUCAUUUUCAAAUAAAGCCCAGCUAGUAAUUCUUCUGAAAGGUAAACUUCAUUUCUCUCCUCACUGUAACCAGUCAUUUUGGGUUCUACACUUAACCAAAAUACAAGUGAAAAAAUAAUUGUCCCAGAAGGAGCUCAGACACCAGCUGUUUGUCCCUUUUGUGUGUCAUUUUACAUUUUUUGGGUUUAAGCAGCUGAUGGUUGUUUAGGUUGUUAGUUUCUUACAACUGACAAGUUCAUAUUCUGUUUAGUCAGCAUUAGCAUGUGGAAUGGGAAGCAAUUAAUUAGAUAAGAUCUUUGUUGGGACAAAGAAAACAUGAGAGGAUGAGAUUGACCCAGCUUUAUGGAAAUAAUAAAUAUUAAACAAAUUGUUAUUUCUUUGAUCAUGAAAAACCUCAGAUGCUGUGGAUACUGUUACUGCUACUGCACUUUUAUGUAUAUUUUAAAAGAUGCUUACUGCAGACAGUUUGGGUGGUAAAUUCUGUAAAUUGGCUUUUUAGCCAGCAUGAGUGAAAUGAAAUCGGACAUGCACAGAAUAAACUGUCUUCCUUUCAGUAGGAAACAAGAGCUUGUAGACACAACAGCCUGUAAGAAACGGGUUGUGCACAGUACCACACACAGUACAUGACAGAAAUACAUCUUUUUUUAAUCUUUUGUAGUCAGUAAGUCACAAUCUAAGAAAUCCAAAUAACAAACUGCAUGUUGUUAAAUGUCACCAUUUGUUCCAUAUGUAUAUUACCUGAUGAUAAACAUGAUAUUUUCUCAAGUUGGUCCUGAUAUUUUAGACUGUGUCAUUACGCUGUGCUGGUUGAAUUGUUUUGCAAAGUCUGCUAAAAUAUAAUUUAUACAGAAAGUGAAACAGUUUAAAUACAUGAAAAUGUGUACAUAAGUCUAAAAGUUGUGAAUUGUCAAAAGAUAACUACAUAAAUGAAG